AUGUUACUACUGAACGCUUGCGGUAGUGAUAUAUCAGAGAGACAUGCAGUCAGGCGGAAGGUGUUGUUAUGGCUGCUUUGGCCGCCAAUCGGUGGUUGCGAAGAGGGCAAGCGUGCCGUCAGGUUGAGCUCCUCCUCGCACGAGGAGCCUGUAGGCCGGACGAUGGCCGAGUGUCUGUGUCAGGUUCCACGCCGUCGGCCUGUGAUGUGGAGAUUCAACCCCAUGGAGAAAGCUUUGCCUCCGCUUGUCGCGUUGCAGGAAGCGUUCCGACAGACGGGUGCAAGAGACGGGUCCGAAAAGAGUUUGGAAGAGUGGAUUUUAAUCCGUCUGUUAAACGUUCGCUUCCGCCUGCUAUCAGCCAUGGCGUGA